ACCCGGAACAAGUUUCAAGCCCUCCUCCUCCUCUCCUAGCACUUGUAGGAAGAAGAAGCAGUCGAUCGACUCCGGGAGAAGAGGGUUGUUGGAUUGAUCGAGUAAUCAGCGACGAGUAGUAGCCGGAGAUCGAGAUGAGCGGCGGCCAGGACCUGCAGCUGCCGCCGGGGUUCCGGUUCCACCCCACGGACGAGGAGCUGGUGAUGCACUACCUCUGCCGACGCUGCGCCGGCCUCCCCAUCGCCGUCCCCAUCAUCGCCGAGAUCGACCUCUACAAGUUCGAUCCAUGGCAGCUGCCGAGGAUGGCGCUGUACGGCGAGAAGGAGUGGUACUUCUUCUCCCCGCGUGACCGCAAGUACCCGAACGGGUCACGGCCGAACCGCGCCGCCGGGUCGGGGUACUGGAAGGCGACCGGCGCCGACAAGCCGGUGGGCUCGCCGAAGCCGGUGGCCAUCAAGAAGGCCCUCGUCUUCUACGCCGGCAAGGCCCCCAAGGGCGAGAAGACCAACUGGAUCAUGCACGAGUACCGCCUCGCCGACGUCGAUCGCUCCGCCCGCAAGAAGAACAGCCUCAGGCUGGAUGACUGGGUGCUGUGCCGGAUUUACAACAAAAAGGGCGGGCUGGAGAAGCCGCCGUCCGCGGCGGCGGCGAUGGCGAGCGGCGCCAUAGAGAGGAAGCCGAUGGUGGGCGUUAGCUCGGCGGUGAGCUCCCCGCCGGAGCAGAAGCCGGUGGUCGGGGCGGGCGGCGGAGUGCCGGGCCCUGCCUUCCCGGACCUCGCGGCGUACUACGACCGGCCGUCGGACUCGAUGCCGCGGCUUCACGCCGACUCGAGCUGCUCGGAGCAGGUGCUGUCGCCGGAGUUCGCGUGCGAGGUGCAGAGCCAGCCCAAGAUCAGCGAGUGGGAGCGCACCUUCGCCACCGUCGGCCCCGUCAACCCGGCCGCAUCCAUCCUCGACCCCGCCGGCUCCGGCUUCGGCGGCAUCGGCGGCGGCAGCGACCCGCUCCUCCAGGACAUCCUCAUGUACUGGGGCAAGCCAUUCUAGACGGCGGCGACGACGACGACGACCCAGCCAUCCACCAACAACCGCAUUGGCAGCGAUGGUGUCACUAAACCGUGCAUGCAAAGCUUCAUGGCCGGUGACUUGACUCAGGCGAGCCGCCGGAGUUGACUCAAAACCACAAAGAUAAUUAAGAAGUUUUUUUUUAAGUGGAUUGGAUUUAGACAAGGAGAUGAGAUACAUAGUUAAGACGAGGCGGAGGACUCGAGAAAGGCGGCGAUGAGACCGUGGCGGACCCGGCCUGAACUUCCCCGUACGUGGAGACGACGAGGACAAGACGGUGCAAUGCAUUUGGUGGCAUGUCAGUCAGUGUGUAUAGUGGCAUGUACAUAGGUACAUGAUGAUGAUUGCAUAUUCGGUGCAGGGCUUCCUGUUUCUGUUUCUUCAUUGGUUAAUUAUUAUAAGGUCUUCAGAGUUAUCAUUAGAGUUAAUUGGAUGAUGCAGGGGUGCUAGCUUUAGCCCAGUGGUGGUUGUAGUGUAAGCCAAUUCAUCAAAUGUCAAAAUGGAAUAAUACAAAUACAGUACUGUGAUUUUCGUA